AUGAGCAGUCCAAUUACCCAGGAGAAGCAUUGCCAGAGAACACCCAGCCAACAGACAUUUCACCUGGAAGUGGCAUGGAAGUCAAAGACAGAAGGGGAAAUAGAGUCAGGAUCAAACAAUGUAUCACGUGGCACAUUGGCCUUGGGACCAACAAUGAUGGCAGAUGUUGAGUGUGCAUGGCCUAUACAUCUGUUUGGGCUUUGCCACGGUAAGUUCCAAUGACUGUUUUGUCCACCUGCAGGGUUAUUUUAUUGGAGUGUUGUCUGUAUCAGCCAAAACACCCUUUGGUAUGAGUCAGGUGCCUGCAGUCUUUCAGAUGAGAAUCAACGACUGUCUGCUGAAUAGAUUUUGCGGACAGAAUUAUCCUGUAUGCUUUUGGGAAUCAUAACGGAGCUGACUCUUGGGUUUAUCUGUCUUCUUUGCCCGGCAGCAUCGGAUGCUGAAUGCCAAACAGGAGACCCUCUCCCCACAAAGAAAUGCAAAACAAAACGAAAACGCUUUCAUACAAACCAGCAACAAGAAGAAGAAAAAUUACUGUGA